AUUUGUCGACUGCUACCAUUUACAUUUUGUCCCCAACAGCGGGUCGCUCAAUCGCUUGUCCAACACCAUUAGGAGACACGAGAAGCAUGGCCGUUGUUUAGGUUGCUCCGGCUAUUUUCUCUGCGCUGUUGGAGUAAAUCUCACUUGACAAGCUCCCUUAAGUCGCCGCGUCUUGACGGCAUACCUAGAGCUUCACCAAUCUGCUUACCACUUUCGACUCGCACAAGACAUCUGCCAUCUCUCUGCCAUGUCUUCAAAACGUCCGGCUCACGAUUUCACCCGCUUCACCUCUUCUCAACCCCAUGCUACCACUCGUGUCCCCAGCCCGUCCUCCUCGAAAGCGUCCUCUCGAUUCACAACCUCGGAAUUGACCAAGGAUCCACGCCCUGUGCCCAGCUUGUCAAGCGAGGGUGCACCCACAAAUGAAACUCCCUUAGAGAAAGUCGCACGGCUACGAGCCGCCUCCCGUCUGGCCAAAUCCCAAGCGUCUUCGUCCUGGCAGGAUCGCUUUCUCGUCAGUGGUCGCCGAUGGGCAGACAACAUGCACCGGUUCGCCACCUAUGGGUUGAUCGCAUUCACGGGGGUGUCUACCGUUGUUGCCAUUUAUGGCGUGUCGAGUCUGGUCGCGCACAACCGACGGCAAAAGAGAGCCUGGAUCGAGCGCGAGAUGGAACGGCUACAAAAUGCACAGCAAGCCUUUCUCAGGGGGGAGGCCACUGCAGAGCAGUUACAUUUGUUGCAGCAGGAGAGAGCGGGCGAAGAGAUGGCUCUGCAGCACAAGAGAGAAAGAGAGAGAAAGUCUAGCGAGAGUUAUUGGUCCAAGGUCAAGGCUCUGGUUGGAAGCCAGACCUCUCAAGGCGAGAUGGGAUCUGAGACGGAAGAAGAGAAGACAUUGCGGGAGAAGAGAUCAGUACUACAAGCGGCCAUUGACAAGGCCGGGGGUAUCAGUGGUGGGUAUGUCGAGGGCGAGGUCGGAGUGACCGAGACUGUCGCCGUGACAGCCAGCCCCUCUGGGAUCAAAGGCGUGGGUCUUGACUCAAAGGGUCGUCCUGUGCCUGAGGGCAGGGUCGAGUAUGUGACAAGGAAGAAGGAGCCUGAGCAGACAAGCUCCAAAGCAUCCGUCGAGCCGGUCGUCCAACUCGGCCCCCUCGAUACGUGGGCGGGAAAUGCUGCUAACGCGGCGUCAAGCGGAGGGAAAAGUUGGUGGGGUUGGCUCACAGGCGGCAAGUCAUGAAGCGGUCGAGGUGCGGCUUGCUGCUGCUGCUGCUGCUGCUGCGGCUGCUGCGGCUGCUGCUGUUGUUGUGAAUAGGAUCUCCCCAGGCAAUUCCAUUGCGACUUUGUAAAAUCAUCACCAGUGUACAAAGCUAAAGCAUAGAGCCAAAAUUUCUUACGAUGUAAAUACUGCA